GGCAAGGCGAGAUCAAUUUGCAAAAAUCGGAUUAAGAGAAAUUUGAGAAAUGGAAUAGCCAUGCUUCUUCACCUUUUUGAGAAAGCUCAGAGUUCAUCAAGAUAACCAAGAAAAGAAGUCAUCUUUUUCAUCUCCUUCAUCAUCAUCUCCAUCUUCUUUGUCUCCUUCAUCAGUUCCUUCACCUGCUUUGUCUUGCAUCUGGACGCACCAAGUCUUUCCCAGCUUCCGCGGUGAAGAUGUCCGUAGAGACUUUCUCAGUCACAUUCAGAUGGAGUUUCAAAGAAUGGGAAUCACUCCGUUUAUUGAUAAUGAGAUCAAAAGAGGAGAAUCCAUUGGUCCCGAGCUUAUUCGGGCUAUUAGAGGGUCUAAGAUCGCUAUUAUCUUGCUCUCUAGGAACUAAGCUUCUUCAAAAUGGUGUCUUGACGAACUUGUGGAGACUAUGAAGUGCAGAGAAGAGUUAGGUCAAACUGUGAUGGCCGUUUUUCAUAAAGUGGAUCCAUCUGAUGUCAAAAAGCUGACCGGAGAUUUUGGGAAAGUCUUUAGAAAAACUUGUGCCGGUAAAUCAAAGGAGGACAUUGGAAGAUGGAGACAAGCUUUGGCAGAAGUGGCAACGAUUGCUGGCUAUCAUUCAAGCAACUGGGAUAAUGAAGCCGCCAUGAUCAAGAAAAUUGCCACUGAUAUUUCGAACAUAUUGAUUAAUUCCACACCAUCAAGCGAUUUCGACGGGUUUGUUGGGAUGAGAGGUCAUUUAGAAAAGAUGAAACCGUUGUUGCGCCUAGAAUCAGAUGAAGUGAGGAUAAUUGGGAUUUGGGGUCCUCCUGGGAUUGGGAAGACCACAAUUGCCAGAGUUCUAUACAACCAAUUCUCCAACAGUUUCCAACUGAGUGUCUUUAUGGAGAAUAUCAAAGCAAACUAUGCAAGACCAACAGGCUCCGAUGACUACAGCGCGAAGUUGCAACUACAGCAAAUGUUUCUGUCUCAAAUAACGAAGCAGAAGGAUAUGGAGAUUCCUCAUUUAGGAGUUGCCCAAGAUAGGUUGAAAGACAAGAAAGUUAUGGUCGUUCUUGAUGGGGUGAACCAGUCAGUACAACUAGAUGCCAUGGCGAAAGAAACUUGGUGGUUUGGUCCUGGGAGUCGAAUCAUCAUUACAACACAAGAUCAGAAACUUUGUAAAGCACAUGGGAUUAACCAUAUUUACAAAGUGAAUUUCCCGCCAGAUAAAGAGGCUCUUCAAAUCUUCUGCAUGUAUGCUUUUGGUCAAAAUACCCCUAAAGAUGGUUUUAAGAAGCUUGCUUGGAAAGUUAUAAACCUUGCUGGUAACCUCCCUUUGGGGCUAAGAAUUAUGGGCUCCUAUUUUAGGGGAAUGUCAAAGGAAGAGUGGAAAAAGUCACUACCAAGGUUAGAGACUAGCCUUGACGCUGAUAUUCAGAGCAUUUUGAAGUUCUGUUUCGACGUUCCACAACUCCAUUCUGUUGCGGAGUAUACGGAGCUGUUAAGUGUCGAGCAAUGCCAGAAUCUUCGCAAAAGGAGUUGAACUCAUGAGAUACAAACUCCCCUCCUUUAUCGGUUCUAAAGGUCUGAAUAUUUUCUUCUGUUUCCUUUUCCACCAUUGUUUUGAACUUCUUGAACUUCUCCAUGGCUUCACUCUUCUCCUUUAGAAGGAUGGUCCACAUGUACCGUGAAUAAUCGUCGAUGAGCACAAAUAUGUAUCGACUUCCAGCGCUUGUGCUUGGUGUUAUUGGACCGCAGAGAUCUCCAUGUAUAAGUGCUAGCCUCUUUGUUGAUCGAAAGUUAGUUGCUUGCGGAAAAGGUUGUGUAGACUGCUUACCAAGUAAACAUGAGCCACAAAUCUCUUUGUCAAGUGGUUUACUUGGACCUCCCAACACAUGCUCAUUGGUAAAAAUUGAUGACAGUGUAGUAUAGUUAACAUGUCCCAUCCUAGCAUGCCACAUACUUGAUUCUCUUGUAGCCAAGAGAUUUAAACAAACAUUGUUUGUUAAUCCCAUGUUAACUUUAUACAACCGAUUCUUGGACCUCUCUGUUUUAACCAAUAGGUUUCCAUUUUGAUCUCUCAUUGUUAGGUACUCUCCCUUUAAAUGAAUAUCACAACCAGCCUUUGUAGCUUGUCCUAAGCUUAUGAUGUUGCUCCUUAGCUCCGGGAUGAAAUAUACUUCAGACAUUACUCUCGGCUUUCCAUAUGAAUCAACAAAAGCAAUUGUCCCUUUUCCUUUGAUAUCGAUCCUUGAGUCAUCUCCAAAUCUAACCUUCCCAGUUAUUGACUGAUCAAGUGUGUCAAAAUAUCUCUGAUCUCCAGUCAUAUGAUUGCUUGCACCGUUGUCGAGAUACCAAACAUUAUUCUCAUCUGUGUUGGCUUCAAACUUACUCGGUCUGCAGUAUUUUUCGUUUAGAUAGACAACUUCAUGCAUCAUAAGUUGAUCAGCUUCUUCUGUAUCUUUAACUUCACUUUCUUUUGCUUCCACUAUGCCUAGUUUCAUCAAACGCUCUGGACAUUGUGAAGCAAAAUGACCUACCUUGUCACAUCUGAAACAGACAACCUGGGACGGAUCCUUCCAAGUACUGCGACCACGUCCUCUUCCUCUGAAGGUUCUUCCACCACGUCCUCUUCCCCUGUAUUCUCCAUUGUAUUCUUGACUUUGUGACUCUUGGUUAACAUACAUAAGUUUGUUUUGAUCCUCUUGAGCAUCUUCUUCCUCAGAGAUACGUUCCUCAUAGGCUUUUAACCUACCAACAAUAUCCUCGAAGCUUACGGUAUUGAGGUUUAACACCUGCUCGAGAGAAGCAACCAUAUGUAUGAACUUCCUUCUUGGAAGACUCGAUAAGAAUUUCUUAACAAGUUUUGACUCUUCAAUAGUUUCUCCGAGAGAAGCUGUUUUUGAGGAGAUUGCAGAAAGUUUUUCUGCAAAAUCAUCAAUCUUCUCUGAUUCCUUCAUCUUGAGUCUGUCGAAUUCAGCCAUUAAGGUCUUUAAGCUCGCCUCUUUGACCCUCUCAGCUCCUACAUGUCGAUUCUGAAUUGUUUCCCAGACUUUCUUUGCUAUGCCUAGGCCUCCGACUUGCAAUAUAAGAGCUUCCGGUAUAGAUUGCAGAAUUAACGCUAUGGCUAGGUUGUUCUUAUCACUAUCGAUCAGCUCUGUUUCGACUGCCUCCCAGACCUUGUUAACCUUAAGCACAAAACUCAUCUUUAUGGCCCAAACCGUGUAGUUAGUUGUGUUCAGCAUGGGACAUGAUAUUGAGGACGAUGAAGAUGUUCCUUCUUUUGGUUUGUCUCCUGUGACUGCAAUCUACUUGUCUUUGUUAUCCGAACUCCCGUCGUCUGUCAUCUUCUCACAGAUUCCUGAUCUUCUUGCUCUGAUACCAAAUAUAGAUUUAUAAGAAAAGAUUAAGAACAAAGAAGUUUGAAGAAUAACUCUCUUUAUUAGCUCAAAGAAAAUACCUCAAAACUUUAAGCUCUCACAAACUCUCAAACUUAAUCUCUCUUAGGUUCUGCUACAUCUCAGCAUCCCCUAUAUAUAUAAGUUCUUAAGUAUAUUCUCCUAAUCUUAAAUGGA